AUGCAUGCAGACAUUGAAUACCCUGCCCAGUUCUGGUCCCCACACCUCCAGCAGGACAUAGAGGAGCUAGAGAAGGUCGAGAGAAAGGCAACACGAAUGAUCAGUGUUAUGGAGGGGCUUCCAUAUGCAGAGAGACUGAAGAGGCUAGGUCUGUUCAAGUUUAGAAAAGAGAUGCGUGAUGGGAGACAUGCUACCAGGGAGUCGGCCUUCGUCCACGCCAUCGCCUCUGCUGGCGUGGCCUUCGCCGUGACCCGGUCCUGUGCUGAGGGCUCAGCCACCAUCUGUGGCUGCGACACCCGCCACAAAGGGCCCCCCGGUGAAGGCUGGAAAUGGGGAGGUUGCAGCGAGGAUGUGGAGUUUGGAAGCAUGGUGUCUCGGGAGUUCGCGGACGCCCGGGAGAACAGGCCAGACGCUCGGUCAGCCAUGAACAGACACAACAACGAAGCUGGGAGAACUUCUAUUAUUGAACUCAUGCAUCUCAAGUGCAAAUGUCAUGGGCUGUCGGGCAGCUGUGAAGUGAAGACGUGCUGGUGGUCCCAACCAGACUUCAGGGUCAUCGGUGACUAUCUCAAGGACAAGUACGACAGCGCUUCCGAAAUGGUCGUGGAGAAGCACCGGGAAUCCCGUGGCUGGGUGGAGACGCUGAGGCCCAAAUACAACUUUUUCAAGGCCCCAACUGAGAAAGACCUGGUUUACUAUGAGAACUCACCGAACUUUUGCGAGCCGAACCCUGAGACCGGCUCCUUCGGGACCCGCGAUCGGAUCUGCAACGUCACCUCCCACGGGAUAGAUGGAUGCGACCUGUUGUGCUGCGGCCGCGGGCACAACACAAGGACUGAGAAAAGGAAAGAGAAGUGCCACUGUAUCUUCCACUGGUGUUGCUAUGUCCGUUGUCAGGAAUGCAUACGAGUCUAUGAUGUCCACACGUGCAAAUAAAGCAGGACGUCUCUCUGCAGGCUCCCCGUGGAGGAACAGACUAGAGCCUACAUCUUCCGAGGUUGCGUAUGUGAGAGAGCGCUACUUUUUUAUAUUAAAAGAAUAAAAAGGCUAAAACUGGUUGGAUA